AACAUCUCCAUCCCCGCGAAAUGCACUCAACACAAUUGGCGGGAAAAGAAACCCUACUAAAUCAGUAAUCAAAUGCUUCUUCACUCAGUUGUGCGUGAAAACAUACCGUAACUGUGUGUGUAUAGAGAGCAGUGAGAAUGGAAGAGGUGGUGAUGGUGGAGGAGGAGUUUUCGGUGUGGAAGAAGAACACGCCCUUGCUGUACGACCUCGUCAUCUGCCACUCCCUUGAAUGGCCGUCGCUUACCGUCCAGUGGCUUCCGGUACCGCCUUCAUCCGACGGCGGCGAUCUCGCCGCGCACAAAUUGAUAAUCGGGACGCAUACAUCCGAUGAUUACCCCAAUUUUCUCAUGCUCGCCGACGCGUACCUCCCACGGGACCCCACCUCCGCCAUCGAAGUCGACGCCGAGAACUCCAUCGUUCCUAGGGUAGAUAUAGUUCAAAAAAUUCGAGUUGAUGGAGAAGUGAAUAGGUCGCGGUGUAUGUUACAAAACCCUGCUUUAAUCGCUGCGAAGACCAAUAUUCCCGAAGUAUUCGUGUUUGAUACUGCUAAGCAGCUGGAGGAUGCUAAUGUUGAUUCUUGUAAUCCAGACUUGAGGCUACGAGGCCACGACAAAGAAGGAUAUGGUUUGUCGUGGAGCUCGUUUAAAGAAGGAUAUCUAUUGAGUGGUUCGAAUGAUUGUAAAAUUUGUUUGUGGGACGUCUCUGCAAUGCCUCAAGAGAAAGUUCUUGAUGCAAAGUUUACUUAUGAGGGCCAUGAGAAUGUGGUGGAGGACGUGUCGUGGCAUUUAAAGAAUGAGAACUUGUUCGGCUCUGUGGGAGAUGACUGCAAACUAGUGAUUUGGGACUUGCGCACGAACAAGUUCCAGCAGUCGGUUGUUGUACAUGAGAAAGAGGUGAAUUAUUUAUCUUUUAAUCCAUUUAAUGAGUGGGUUUUAGCUACUGCAUCCUCUGAUUCUACCGUCGGUCUGUUUGAUAUGCGGAACUUGGGUGCUCCUCUGCAUGUUUUAAGCAGUCAUGAAAAAGAGGUAUUCCAGGUUGAAUGGGAUCCUAACCACGAAACGAUUCUUGCAUCUUCUGCUGAUGACAGAAGGUUGAUGGUUUGGGACCUUAACAGGAUUGGAGACGAGCAACUAGAAGGCGAAGCUGAAGAUGGCCCCGCCGAGCUCCUCUUCUCCCAUGGUGGCCAUAAAGCUAAGAUUUCAGACUUUUCAUGGAACAAGAAUCAACCAUGGGUCAUCUCGAGCGUGGCAGAGGACAACACACUACAGGUUUGGCAAAUGGCAGAGAGCAUCCAUCCCGACGACGAUUUUUCGUAGUUGCACGAGUGCUUGAAGAUCAAAUUGUAGGGCUACAACAUUGUGAGUUCGAACUCAUCUUAAAAUGUUAGGAAUCUUAGAUGUUAGAACAUAUUUUGAACUUAUCAUUUGCCACAAAUCAAUAUUAUACAUUGCAUUCUAAAUUUCUAA